GCAGAGCCUUAGUGUGUCCGCGGCGCUCGAGGAGGUGCGUCAACGUGAAAUUAAAAAAAAAUACAAAAAAAAAACAUUUAAAAAAAUCAAUUGCGCAAAAAAAAUCAUCGUGGUUAACGGGUUAAUAUUAAAAUUGAAAUACGUGGUAAAAUUAGUGUGGCCGUGAUUUAUUUAGAUUUAAACAAAGGGUAUGCAUAAAAAUGUUAGUGGUUUUCAUUCAUCAAGGGGAAAUUCAGCUAUAUGUGGUGUUUAAGCCGUUUUUGAAAUAAGUGAGUCGCAUGCACUGCGUCCUUUGUUCCGGAGCGUCGCAAUUCCAAAACGAAAUACCUGCUCCGGUGUGAAGGGAAACAAAGAAUCAGUUCGGGUUUCUUUGAAUCUUAGCUUAAAAAUAUACAAAAUACGUCUAACAGUUUAUACAUAAAUAUACUAGACAAAAACAAAUACGAGUAAAACGAAAAGUUCCAAUCAAAGCUUUUUUUUAAAGUGCAGUUUAUUUCAAACAUACAUCCAAAGGACCGUCAACAACAAAACAAAAUACAAAAAACAGUGUUUCCUAAUCUAAAAGAUAAAACGUAAAAGUAGGACAACAAUCUAAAAAAAAGUUCAUCUAUAAAAAAGGUUGAACUACAAAAAGAGUGAAAAGAGUGAUAAAAAGGUAAUAGUGUAGUGAAAUGAAGUAGGUGAUGUUGCCACGAUGCUCGCCAUGUCGACGUUGAUGAUGCCCGCGGCCACCAUGACGACCAUGACCAACGCCGGGCCCAUCCCCGUGGCGCAGGCCAAGCUGGAGCCCAAGCUACUGCAGCUGCCGCACCCCAUGAUGAUUCAGCAGCACCAACAUACGCACCCCCACACCAAACUUGAACACUACCACAUCUUCGUCGGCGACUUGAGUCCCGAGAUCGAAACUCAAAGCCUCCGGGAUGCCUUCGCGCCCUUCGGGGAGAUCUCGGACUGUCGAGUUGUCCGAGACCCUCAGACCCUCAAAUCCAAGGGCUAUGGCUUCGUGUCAUUCCUCAAAAAAUCGGAGGCAGAAUCUGCGAUUACGGCCAUGAACGGGCAGUGGCUGGGGUCCCGGUCCAUCCGGACCAACUGGGCUACGCGUAAACCUCCUGCGCCGAAAAACGAACUAAACUCAAAACCGCUGACCUUCGACGAAGUGUACAACCAGAGUUCGCCCACCAACUGCACCGUGUACUGCGGGGGCCUGGCCGCCGGCCUCACCGAGGAGCUGCUCCAGAAGACGUUCCAGCCCUUCGGCUCCAUCCAGGAGAUUAGGGUGUUCAAGGACAAGGGAUAUGCCUUCAUCAGGUUCUCAACGAAGGAGAGUGCAACGCACGCGAUCGUAGCGGUCCACAACACCGACGUGAAUGGCCAGCCUGUGAAAUGCUCCUGGGGCAAGGAGUCCGGGGACCCUAACAACGCUCAGACUCCGGGACAGCUCGGCGGCACCGCCUACAGCCCGUUCAGCGCGGCGUACACCGGCGGCGUCCCGCCCGCCUCCUACUGGUACAACACGUACCCACAGCAGCUGGGUGGGUUCCUGCAAGGCGUGCAAGGCGUGCAAGGCGUGCAGGGCUACUCGUACGGACAGUUUGGCUACCAGCAGCAAUAUAUGGGAAUGGGCGGCGUGCAGCUGCCGUGGGCGCUCGGCGGCGGCGUUGGCGGCGUCGGCGGAGUCGGCGGCGUCGGCGGCGUUGGCGGCGUCGGCGGGGUCGCCGCGAUGUCGCAGCCGCCGCAGGUGCUGCAUUACCCCGUGCAGCACUUUCAAGUGCAGCCGAUUAGUGAGGAUGAGUGGCUCGCACCGAGCCUGCUGGUGUGAGGGCGCGGGUGCUGCUGCCGCGCCGACUGCGUCUAAACCCCCCCUCCCCCUCCCUAACCUCCCACUUCGACCCCCUUUCUGUUGGGCCGUAGCCAACACAAUCGUAUAUCGAUGAAUGCGUAUCGAAAAGUAAAAUAUCAGAAUGAUGCAACGAAAAGCCACAUUAUCAUUCAUUUAUCGCGUUGUUAUUGUGAUGAGACAAUCCGCAAGCGCCCGGCAGGUGUAUUAUGGAUAGUUUUAUCCAUGUGAUAAAAUAACCAA